AUGGAAGACAUUGAAGAUUUGCUGAUUGGAAGCAGAAGCACAACUCCACCGGGCUUCCGUUCGCCGUUACCGGCGGCUGUGGGCGUUGGCGUUGGGAGCAAACGGAAUAAACUCUCUUCUUCGCCUUCUCCUGCAAUCCCCGGCACUCAGAGUGACAGUGAAUAUAUGGCUGGUCAGCUUUCGGCUUUUGGUUAUUCGUUGAGUGACAAUCCAGACCAAGCAGAUCUCUGGCUAAUUAACACUUGCACAGUGAAAUCCCCAAGUCAAUCUGCCAUGGAUACCAUCAUAACAAAAGGAAAAUCUUUAAAUAAACCUCUAGUUGUUGCUGGCUGUGUCCCUCAAGGAAGUCGAAAUUUGAAAGAGCUGGAAGGCAUCAGCAUAGUUGGAGUCCAGCAAAUUGAUCGUGUCGUUGAAAUUGUAGAGGAGACUUUAAAGGGUCAUGAAGUGCGCCUUUUGACCCGUAAGAAAUUGCCAGCACUUGACCUUCCAAAGGUAAGGAAGAACAAGUUUGUUGAGAUUCUUCCUAUUAAUGUUGGUUGUUUAGGUGCUUGCACUUAUUGCAAGACAAAGCAUGCUCGGGGUCACCUAGGAAGUUACACAAUUGAUAUCCUUGUUGGCCGUGUAAAAUCUGUCAUAUCUGAUGGAGUCAAAGAGAUAUGGCUUAGCAGUGAGGACACUGGAGCAUAUGGUCGUGACAUUGGCGUCAAUCUUCCAACUUUAUUGAAUGCCUUAGUAGCAGAACUACCAGCUGAUGCAAGCACAAUGCUACGUAUUGGAAUGACCAAUCCACCUUAUAUCCUUGAACACUUGAAAGAGAUAGCCGAGAUUUUGCGGCAUCCUUGUGUGUACUCUUUUCUGCAUGUACCAGUUCAGUCUGGAAGUGAUACUAUUUUGAGUGCAAUGAAUCGGGAAUAUACUGUGGAUGAGUUCAGGACUGUUGUAGAAACUCUGACUAAGCUUGUGCCAGAGAUGCACAUUGCCACUGAUAUAAUAUGUGGAUUUCCUGGUGAAACUGAUGAAGAUUUUAUGCAAACUGUCAAUCUUGUUAAAGAGUACAAGUUCCCUCAAGUUCAUAUUUCACAAUUUUAUCCUCGACCAGGGACACCUGCUGCAAGGAUGAAAAAGGUUCCAAGUAAUGUGGUUAAAAGAAGAAGCCGAGAACUGACAAAUGUCUUUGAAUCAUUCACACCAUACUCUGGGAUGGAAGGCAAAGUGGAAAGAAUUUGGAUUACUGAUAUUGCAUCUGAUGGAAUUCACUUGGUUGGUCAUACGAAAGGAUAUAUACAAGUUCUCAUACUUGCUCCAGACCAUAUGCUGGGAGCGUCAGCUAUGGUUAAGAUUACAUCUGUGGGAAGAUGGUCUGUUUUUGGGGAAGUAAUUGAGACAAUCGACCGUGUAAGUGGCAAUAAAGUUCUAAACAAGUUGCUUCCUGAUCGAGAUUUGCCUUCUCUUUGCGGUAUCUCAGCCAAGGCUGGAGGAUUCUCAGAAGAGCCAGAAUCUUGUGCCUGUGGAAGUGACGUCUGUUGUGGUAUUGAUAAGAGUGAUAAUUCAAGAGGCACAGCAGUGCCACAGAACCAAAGCAAAAAAAGUUUCAUUGGAUGGAUGCUGAGGAAGCGGGAGCAUCUGCACAAAAAGGUUGAGAGCGAGCUUGCGUCGGGAUCUGUUAAAAAACAUGAUGGAAGGAUGAAGUGGGACUUCGUAGAUAAUAUUCUUUUGAGUGGAAUAUCUAUCAGCAUCCUAACUAUUAUUGCUCUAGUAGCAGCUCUUACGUUCAGAGUUUUUUGGUCCAAGUAA